GGAAGAAUCCUCGUAAGAGCUGCGAGCCUCGGUACGCGCUUCGCAGAAACCGCCACGUCACACGCUCCGUAGCCUCGAUGCGGAACUAGUUUUAUGUCUAAACUUCCUGGCGGAUGGAGCCUCAGUGGUCACGUGUUACAGGACACAGAAUGGGUCAUUGAGUUCAGGGGCCAUUUUAGCGAGAACGGAGCAGAAGGAGAAAAAGUUCAGCUGCCGCUAAAACAACAAAAAGAAGACGAAGGAGGACGUUUAAGAGGUGAGUGUUUAACAACUUCACUGUUACUUAAUAUUUUUGUUCUGUUCCGAAUUAAUGCGGACAAAGCGGGUGUGAAGGAGUUUGUGGUGCUCAGGGCGGGGCUCUUUGUCGUUACUGUAUUUGUCCUGAUAGACAGAACCAGGAAGGAACAGAAGCAAGCAGUCUGUAAACAGUCUGAGAACUGUCAGACACACAACUCUGAUUCAUGACGCACACAUUUGCUGAGUUGCAUAAUGAACACAUAAGCUGAACAUAAGUCAUAAACCGUAUAUGAGAGGAAAGGCACAUUUUUCAUUACACCGGCGGUGGUACUGACUUCUCAGAAUGAGGUCCAGAAAUGUAGCGGUUUUACUGUUUCUGAGUUUUUCUACAAUGAAUUUGUGACAGCACUUUCUUUCACAGUCUCUGACUUCUCACUGUUUUACACAUUCUCUCCCAGUGUCCCACUCUUUUACAUUUGUUACAUCUUGAUUUUAUUGCUGGGCCUGUUUCUUGCUGUUUUUACCACAUGCUCCACGUUUGUGUUCACUUUGUUCGUUUUUCUGUCAGGUUUCCAUUUCUGCUUCAUACUGUAUGUGUUUUCCUCCUCUUGUACUGAGGCUCUUGCUUCAGGUUAGGGUUGUGUGACACCACCUCUUUACUCAGUCCAUGAGAGCGCUGAGAGUUGCUUCCAGUCAGGAGGGGGAAACUUUCCAUUCUCAUUAGACUCUGUCCGUUAGUAUUACUUCUGACACCAUGUCACAGUUUGCAUUAACACUGCUUGUCUUCUGUAACAGAAGAUCUGGUCUCGUACAGAUGGUUUAUGUUGCAGAAAUAUCGUUUUGUCUGAGUCGCUUUUGGACUUGACAUCUGCAGCUGUUGGAAGCAGGAAGCAGCACGUUGGCUUCUCCUACAGGAUCUAAAACUGAUGUGAUCGGACCAGCUCCUGUUUCAGCCUCAGUGACUCCUGUGACGUCAGACAGACUCUGAGCAGCAAAGCAGCCUGUGAGCACAGUGUGUGUAAUUAAAGAGCUCCACUGUCUGAUACUGUUUGUUACAGGAUGUAAAACUGUAGAGAAGCAAACUGAGUCAGUGUUUGCACCCAGUGCCUUAAAACCACAACAUGAAACCCAGGAUUCAGAUCCGUCCAGCAUCAGACUCCUAUUAAAUAAAGGCAGUGACAAAUUCACUUUAAUACAAGUCACAGCAGCUGUUUAACUCUUUAUCUUUGGCUUGUUCAGAAGAUGAGUGUUUGUGUGGAGGAAGAGGACGGAGCAGAGUCUCCAGGACCCAGCUGUGUGUCUGUGAAGAGUGACUGGUCCAAACGUGAGCCUCCAUCAUUCACACCUGAACCUGGAGCCUUAGACACAAAAGGUCCGAACCACAGACAAAGAGCAGAACCUCCAGGACCCAGCUGUGUGUCUAUGAAGAGUGACUGGUCCAGACGUGAGCCUCCAGACCUCAGUCAUGAACCUCCAGGACCCAGCUGUGUGUCUAUGAAGAGUGGCUCAUUAGACACAGGCACAAAACAGAAGAAGAGGAGUCGUGUUCCUGUGGAGGCGCAGCCGUCCUGCUGUGAUGUGUGUCAGGAGAUUCUGAAGGAUCCAGUCAGUAUCAACUGUGGACACUGGUUCUGCAGACAGUGCAUCACGUCAUACUGGGACCAGUCUGAACCAUCAGGAGACUCAUCCUGUCCCCAGUGUGGGAAACGGCCCAGAACCAGAGAUGCUCUGCAGAAGGCUUUAGAUGAACAUAAGCUCAGUCUGAGGAGCAGAUGUGAACGUGUGACUGAAGGAGGUGAAACAGGAAGUGGAGUCCUCCUCACCAGCAUCUACACUGAGCUCUACAUCACAGAGGGACAGAGUGAAGAGGUGAACACCCAACAUGAGGUGAGGCAGAUGGAGACAGCUUCCAAGAAGAAGACCCUCCAUGAGGCUCCCAUCAAGGUCCACGACAUCUUUAAAGCCUCCUCUGACCCACACGGACCCAUCAGACUGGUUCUGACCAACGGCGUCGCUGGCGUUGGAAAAACCUUCUCGGUGCAGAAGUUCACUCUGGACUGGGCCGAGGGCCGGGAAAACCCAGACCUCAGUGUUGUGGUUCUGCUGUCGUUCAGGGAGCUGAACCUGAUCAGAGAUCAGCAGCACAGUCUUCUCACGCUGCUCCAUGUUUUCCAUCCAACGCUCCAGAAGGUCCCAGCAGAGCAGCUCGCUGUCCUGAAGCUUCUGUUCAUCCUUGACGGCCUGGAUGAAAGCAGACUCUCACUGGACUUCAGCCACAGGGAGCUGGUGUCUGACGUCACACACACGUCAUCGGUCAACGUGCUGCUGACCAACCUCAUCCAGGGGAACCUGCUUCCCUCGGCUCUGGUCUGGAUCACUUCCCGACCCGCAGCGGCCCAUCAGAUCCCUCCUACGUGUGUGGACCGGGUCACAGAAGUACGAGGCUUCACCGACGCCCAGAAGGACGAGUACUUCAGGAGGAGAUCCAGCCACGAGCAGCUGUCCAGCAGAAUCAUCUCACACGUCAAGACGUCCAGGAGCCUCAACAUCAUGUGUCAGAUCCCAGUGUUCUGCUGGAUCACUGCUACGGUUCUGGAGCACAUGUUGACUACAGAGCAGAGAGGAGAGCUGCCCACGACCCUGACGGACCUGUACUCACACUUCCUGCUGGUCCUGACCCAGAGGAAGAGGAACAAGUACCAUGAGGGACACGAGACCAGUCCACAGGAGCUGACGGAGGCUGACAGGAAGGUUCUCCUGAAGCUGGGGAGGCUGGCGCUCAAACAUCUGCAGACAGGAAACAUCAUGUUCUACCAAGAAGACCUGGAGCAGUGUGGUCUAAACGUCACAGAGGCCUUGGUUCACUCAGGAGUCUGUACUGAGAUCUUCAGGAGAGAGAGUGUGAUCCUCCAGAAAACAGUCUACUGCUUUGUUCAUCUGAGCGUUCAGGAGUUUCUGGCUGCUGUUUACAUGAUGCAUUGUUACACCAACAGGAAAAUGGUGGAACUGGAGGAGAUUCUGGGGAAAGACUGGAAACAUAAUGACUGGGAUGAUGAUGAUGAUGAUCAUCCACUAAAAUCUGGUUCAUCUUUGGAUGUUGUCCUAAGUGAAACCAUGUUUAAAUUCCUCCUCAGUCCAAAUGGCCACCUGGACCUGUUUGUUCGCUUCCUUCAUGGCCUCUGUCUGGAGUCCAACCAGAGAAUCUUAGGAGGUUUGCUGGGUCACACAGACAACAGUCCAGAAACCAUCCAGAGAAUCAUCAACAACCUGAAGGAGAUGGACAGUUUUUGGAUCUCUCCAGAGAGAAGCAUCAACAUCUUUCACUGUCUGAUGGAGAUAAACGACCACUCAGUCCAUCAACAGAUCCAAGAGUUCCUGAAGUCAGAAAACAGAUCACAGAGGCUCUCCUUGAUCCAGUGCUCAGCUCUGGCCUUCAUGCUGCAGAUGUCAGAGGAGGUUCUGGAUGAGUUGGACCUGAACCAGUACAACACAUCAGAGGAGGGACGACGGAGACUGAUCCCAGCUGUGAGGAACUGCAGAAAGUUUAAACUUUCUGGCUGUGGACUCAAAAAGACUCACUGUGAAGUUGUGGCCUCAGCUCUGAAGUCCAACCCGUCACAUCUGACACAUCUGGACCUGAGUGACAACGACCUGUCUGACUCAGUGGAGGUUCUGUGUGCUGGACUGAAGAGUCCUCACUGUCGACUGGAGACUCUCAGACUUUCUGGCUGUAGACUCACAAAGACUCACUGUGAAGUUGUGGCCUCAGCUCUGAAGUCCAACCCGUCACAUCUGACACAUCUGGACCUGAGCAACAACCGUCUGUCAGACUCAGUGGAGGUUCUGUGUGCUGGACUGAAGAGUCCACACUGUCGACUGGAGACUCUCAGGCUGUCAGGCUGUGAGCUCGCAAAGAAAGCUUGUGAUUCUCUGGCCUCAGCUCUGAGCUCCAACCCCUCCCAUCUGAGAGAGCUGGACCUGAGAUACAAUCAUCCAGGAGACUCAGCAGUGGAGCUGCUGUCUGCUGGAGUCAAGGAUCCACACUGGAGACUGGAAACUCUCAGGCUGGAGCCGACUGGUGGAGUCCAAUGGUUGAGACCAGGUCUGAGCAAGUAUUUCCCUUAACUCAUCAUCGACCCGAACACUGAGCAGGAAACUGCAAGUGUCUCACAAUAAGACAGUGGAACGUGUGUGAAAGAAUCAGUCAUAUCCUGAUCAUCCAGACAGAUUUGACCAGUGGCCUCAGCUGCUGUGUAGUAAUGGUCUGACUGGUUGCUGUUACUGGGAGGUUGAGUGGAGAGGAAGAGUUGCUAUAUCAGUGAGUUACAGAGGAAUCGGAAGGAAAGAAGACAGUGAUGACUGUGUGUUUGGAUCCAACGAUCAGUCCUGGAGUCUCAUCUGCUCUGAUGGUCGUUACUCUGUCAGUAACAAUAAGAAACCUUCACCUCCUCCUCUGUGUCUCACAGAGUAUCACUGUAGGUGGACUGUCCUGCUGGUUCUCUGUCCUUCUACAGAGUCUCCUUUGACAAACUGAUCCACCUUCACACCUUCAACACCACAUUCACUGAACUUCUUUAUCCUGGGUUUGGGUUCUGGACUCCUGGUUCCUCAGUGUUUCUGUGUGAUCCAUCCAUCCAUCUUCUACCGCUUAAUCCCGUAUGUGGGAUCCGAUCCCAGCUGCUCAUACUCUGGGCAAGUUAGUGACUAAUUAACCUGAUGCAUGUUUCUGGACUGUAGAAGGAAGCCGGAUAAACCAGAGAGAACCCACAGGAACAAGGGGAGAACAUGCAAACUCCACACAGAAAGGCACCCGGUCCACACCAGGAACCCCGACAAUAACAGUAUUAACUGCAAAAAACAUAAAAAGUGUAUGUAUUGCACAUCUUAAAGUACAUACAGUGUAAAAUAAGAGAUUUUGAUAUUGUGAUGAUAUGGAUGAUACUGUAAUUACACGACAACAAUGAAUGAGGACACAUUACACAUUGUGUCACUGCAGUGCUGUGUUGUAUCACUGAUGUCUGUGGGAGCAAUGAGCUGCAGCAGCUCCUUCCUGCACUGUGGCUGUAACAGUGUGGUGCUGAAGGAGCUGCUCAGAGCCUCUAGUGGUGCAGGGGGUGGAGGGUUCUCCAUGAUGGAUGUGAGUUUAACCAACACACCAGCUCCUCCACACCAGCCCACAAAGUCAGAGAGGACCCCUGUACCCCUGCUCACUCCCCCCAGUGCACGACCAACAAUGGCCGUGUCAUUAGAGAACUCCUGCAGGUGACAGCGGUCGGAGUUGUAGUUGAAGCCUGAUGUGUGAACACUGUACUGGAAAAAAUGUUUCUUCCAUAUUCUAUUCAGUUAUUACAUGUUCUAUGACUUAUGGUCUGCAAUUAAUAUCUUGUGUUUUGUCUUACUUCUGUCUUAUGUAUUUGACAUUUCACCUACAUUGUUCACUGGUCGUCUCUGCCUGAUGGACUCUAGCUCUAAACCCAAGGCUGAGUUGUGUUUCUGUCUGUUGAGACUUAGUGCUCCUUCAUCUCUGAUAGUCAGACACCAGUGAUGCAGGUGUGAGAAACAUCUCCACACACGGUGACAGGGAUGAGAUGGUUCAUCAGUCUGAUUGGGCCACACAGACGUUCCACCGUAGUCGGACAGAGGGGUUAAAAGGCAGAAGCAGCUUGAGGAUCGUGGGCUCUUUUCAUCACACCUUCAUGGUGAAUGCACUGAUCUCUGUGAUGGAAAUUUUAUUUAAUCCCUUAAUGCUGAUCAUUUUCAUUAUUAAUGCCUUAAUAACCAUCUGAUUGUUUCUGAUUCAUGUUCAUCUUCUUAAGUGAGUAUCCUUAAACAUUCUAUGCAUUGUUCAGGUAUUUUGCUGCGAGCCUCUGAGCAAGAGGGUCCGCAGUUAUCUUUUGAGCAGGAAGCCUGGUUCUGAUUAGAUCACUGUGAGACAGUGUCUGACCUAUGACCCUGUGACGUAGUGUUUGACUUAGACAAAGAACAGAGUGCUCCUUUGAGUGAGGCCUUCCUCUUUUGUCACCUUUGCUCAUGUAGACUUGGCAAAUUGUCCUGAAGUUUAAACUCGUGUGGAGGUUUUUUAUUAUCUGUAGGAUCUAAAACUCGGGACAGGAUAGGUUUUUAGAGAACCUUGAUGGCACCUCGUGUGAGCAUUAACUUGUUCUCUCCCGGGUGCCUUUCUUUUACCUAUUUUUUUUCCCUUUUUUAAUUUUUGUAUAUGCAUAUGCAGAAAUAAAUUCACAAUGACAACUUUUUGAAUUCUUUUUUUCAUUGAGUCGUCAGAAGCUCUUUUGGUAUUUUUUUUUUCUAAAACAUCUCCCCAGCUGGUUUUUGGUGUGUAUGUGUGCGAUCAACCUCCAUGUUUUUGAUUUGCUUUCCCUAAUAUUUUCAUUUUCUUUUCUUUUUUUAUUUUUUU